GUGGCGGCCGCUCCCCGCCGUGACCCUGCCUGGCCUCGAGCCGCGCGUGGAAGCCGUGCCCUGCCAGUUCUGCCCACAGUUCUCUGCUUUUACCCUGAAACUGCAGAAAAUGAACAAGUCCCAGGGCUCCGUCUCAUUCACGGAUGUGACUGUGGACUUCACCCAGGAGGAGUGGGAGCAGCUGGACCCCUCGCAGAGGAUCCUGUACAUGGAUGUGAUGUUGGAGAACUACAGCAACCUGCUGUCAGUGGAAGUCUGGAAAGCUGAUGACCAGGUGGAGGGCAAAGCCGGCAGCCCCGAGGCAGCAGCCAGGCCCUCCAUCACCCGUGGGAGCCCCGGGGGGAGGCCGCUGCUGCUGAGCCCAGACUGUGUGUCCGCCAGACAAGUGCUCUACAAGUAUGAUUUGUACGAAAAAACUCUGAAAUAUAAUUCGGACUUACUUACAAGUAGUAGAAGCUAUGUCAAGAAGCAAGCUGAAGGCUGCAAUGGGUUUGGCAAACCGCUGCUGUACCUGAAACAAGAAAAAGCACACCCUGGAAGGGAAUGCCCUGAAUUUAGUGAGAGUACAAACGUUCUCGGCCAUAAAAAAGGCCUUUUUAAACACCAAAAAAUGAAAAAUUUGGUUCAGCCUUUUAUCUGUAACUACUGUGACAAGGCCUUCUCCUUCAAGUCACUCCUCAUUAGUCACAAGAGAAUUCAUACUGGGGAGAAACCCUACGAAUGUAACGUAUGCAAGAAAACCUUCUCUCAUAAGGCCAACCUCAUCAAACACCAGCGGAUCCACACCGGGGAGAAGCCCUUCGAGUGUCCUGAGUGCGGGAAAGCUUUCACCCACCAGUCCAACCUCAUUGUGCACCAGCGAGCGCAUAUGGAGAAGAAGCCCUACGAAUGCAGCGAGUGUGGGAAGACAUUUGCCCAGAAAUUUGAACUCACUACACACCAGAGAAUUCACACUGGGGAGCGGCCCUACCAGUGUAACGAAUGUGCAAAAACCUUCUUCAAGAAAUCAAACCUCAUUAUACAUCAGAAAAUUCACACGGGGGAGAAGCGUUAUGAGUGCAGUGAGUGUGGCAAGUCCUUUAUCCAGAACUCACAGCUCAUCAUUCACAUGAGAACUCACACGGGGGAGAAACCCUAUGAAUGCACUGAGUGUGGCAAAACAUUCAGCCAGAGGUCGACCCUGCGGCUGCACCUGCGCAUCCACACGGGGGAGAAGCCCUACGAGUGCUCCGAGUGCGGGAAGGCCUUCAGCAGGAAGUCCCGCCUCGGUGUGCACCAGCGAGUCCACAGGGCGGACAAGCCCUGAGGCCGCCGCCUGGCCGCACUCCCAAUCACGGCCGAGGAGAAGCGCUGCCUGCAGGUCCCGAGGGGACAUGAGCACACGGUGAUGGCGCCGGAGCAGCAGGCAAGAGAAUGCCACCCACAGUGCAGUGCAGGCUAGCAGUGCUGCUCAGCUGGGCUGACCCAGGUGGAAAGUCUGGGCGUAGAUACAGCCAGAGGCAGUCCACUGGGCCUGCCACCUGCAAGUGAGUGUGACAUUCCUGACAGCGCAGGCAGUACCCCGCAGAAUAGUGGCCACAGCUCAAAUUGUGUUCUAAAUCUGCACAGGUGAAUCUAAGGAACAAGGUUGUGACAAUUAGACACAAACAGGAUUUCCCACGCUGAACGUGAUGCCGUUAGAACCGUCUUACCCCGGUAUGUGUUCCAAAUGAACUAUUCAACAUGCGGUUCAGGGGUGCGAGGCCUGCAGCUGUGGCUGCUGCCUGCCGGGGUACAGAGGUUGGACCGCCCUUGGCAUCAGACAGUGCUGCCCUCGGUCUGGGUGUGCUGAGGGCUUCCUGCAGGGUCCGCUGUGAUCACGCAGGGGUGAGCCAAGGAGGCAGUACUGAAGGCCAGUGAGCGGCCAUUCCAACGGCCCGUGCUCCCAACACAUUCUUUUCAGUGGGGUAUUCACAUACAAGUGCAUGUCUUUUACCAAAAUAUCGUGUGACCCA